AUGACCUCGGGUCUUUCAAAUCAUGUGACUGAAAUUCCUGAAUCUAGUUCGAAAAGUAUACCUAUUGAAUCUCAAGUUUCUGAUUCAUCAAGCUCUAAACCAUCUCAAGAAAAUGAUCAAGAUGAGUCAAAGACUCGAAGCUCUGCUUCCUUGGAAUUACCAGAAGAUAAGCUAAAUGCAUCUACUGAAGAAACAGAGUCUCGA